GUGAAAUAUCAUCAGACCGAAGCAUCACGUCAACGAUCAUCCAUCGAGUUACAGUUUGAAGUUUGGAAUCGCAUCGUUGAACGUGAUUUUCAAGAUGAUCAAAACCGCGACGAUUUUACUCGCCCUUGCGCUGUGCGCCACAGCCUCGUACCAGAGAGGAUCCAACGGUUGGCAACGAGGAGGCAGAGGGUUCCAAGGUGGACGAGGAGAAGGACUCGGUGGUUGGCAGCAGAGAGGAUUUGGCGGACAGGGAGAAUCUGGUUGGCAGCAAGGAGGAAUCGGUGGAGCGCAAGCAGGAGUUGGUGAACAAGGAGGAUUCGGUGGACAGCGUGGAGGAUUCGGUGGUUGGCAGCAGAGAGGAUUUGGCGGACAAGGAGAAUCUGGUUGGCAGCAAGGAGGAAUCGGUGGAGCGCAAGCUGGAAAUGGUGAACAAGCAGGAUUCGGUGGACAGCAAGGAGGAUUCGGUGGACAGCAAGGAGGUUUCGGUGGAAAACAAGGAGGAUUCGGCGGACUGGGAGAAUCUCGUUGGCAGCAAGGAGCAAUUAGCGGAGCGCAAACGGGAAUCAGUGAACAACUUGGAGGAUUUGGCGGACAGCAAGGAGCAUUCGGUGGGAAACAAGGAGGAUUCGGUGCCCAGCAAGUCCGACUUGGCGAACCGGAAGUGGAAUUUGGUGGACUAGGAGUACUCGGCGGACAGCAGGGAGGACUUGGUAGCAGACAGUAUGCAGGACUCGGUGGACAGAAUGGCGGAUAUGUAUACUAG